AUGACGGCGGCAGCGGCAGUAAGCGGGCACACAACCCUGCACGCCGGCCACACGACAGAGCCAGGACGCAACUCGCCGCCUGGACGGUACGGCAGAGGCUUGGGACAAAAUUCUUCCUCUCGCACUCGCACAUGCGCAAAACGGCCCCUGGGCGCGCUCGCCGCUGGAGAUCUUGAGCAUGCGCAAAAGCGGUCCAGGUUCAUAGUCCAGUGCUUGGCUCCGGUCGCGCAGCUGUCCCUGGCGGACGACGACGAGGAGCUGGGCGCGCGGGACGAGCGGGACGAGCGGGAGCCGCUGCUGCCGCGGAUCGCCUGGGCCCAGGCGCGGAAGGGCGCCCCGGGGAACGCCGUGAGGCUGGAGGGGGCUGCCGGGACGGAGGGCGCGGCCUCCCCGCUCCAGGCGGGCGACCAGGAACUGCCGCCCAAGGGCGGGCGCGCGUUCCGCAGCCACCUCCGGGGCGUCGGGUCCCACCGCAGCCCACCCAGGCUGAUCCUCCCCGCGGGUUCAGUUGGCUCUGCAGAGUUGAAUACAUUCUCAGAUGAUCCAGAAUUUGCUGAGCUUAUAUUGAAAGCAGAGCAAGCAAUAGAAUUUGGAGUUUUGCCAGAAAGAAUCUCUCAAGGUUCAAGUGGAAGUUACUUUGUGAAGGAUCCCAAGAGGAAAAGUAUCGGUGUGUUUAAGCCAAAAUCGGAAGAGCCUUACGGCCAACUGAACCCUAAGUGGACCAAGUAUGUGCACAAGGUCUGCUGCCCGUGCUGCUUUGGCAGGGGCUGCCUGCUUCCCAACCAGGGGUACCUUUCCGAAGCCGGUGCCUUCCUCGUGGAUGAGAAGCUUCAGCUGGGCAUUGUGCCAAAAACAAGGGUGGUUUGGCUGGUCAGUGAGACAUUUAACUACAGUGCAAUUGACCGAGCAAAAUCAAGAGGCAAAAAAUAUGCUUUACAGAAAGUGCCAAAAGUAGGUAGAAAAUUUCACCGGAUAGGACUCCCUCCAAAGAUUGGCUCCUUUCAGUUAUUCGUUGAAGGCUAUAAGGAGGCUGAAUAUUGGCUUAGGAAGUUUGAUGCUGACCCCUUGCCUGAGAAUAUUAGAAAACAAUUUCAGUCACAGUUUGAAAGAUUGGUUAUUUUGGAUUACAUCAUCAGAAAUACAGACAGGGGGAAUGAUAAUUGGUUAAUCAAAUAUGAAAAGCGGGAACAUGAAAAGAAAAAUAAGGAAAAAACAACUGAUGAUAAAGAGCCACUUAUUCAGGUAGCUGCAAUUGAUAAUGGUCUGGCAUUUCCUUUUAAGCAUCCUGAUGAGUGGCGAGCAUAUCCAUUUCACUGGGCUUGGCUUCCUCAAGCAAAAGUUCCUUUUUCUGAAGAAACAAAAAACUUGAUUCUACCACUUAUCUCUGACAUGAACUUUGUGCAAGAUUUAUGUGAAGAUCUUUAUGAACUUUUUAAGACUGACAAAGGAUUUGACAAAGCCACUUUCGAAAGUCAGAUGUCUGUGAUGAGGGGGCAGAUCUUAAACCUUACUCAGGCACUAAGGGAUGGGAAGAGUCCUCUCCAGCUGGUUCAGAUGCCUUGUGUGAUCGUGGAGCGCAGUCAGAGCGGAAGCCAGGGUCGGGUUGUCCACCUCAGCAAUUCAUUCACCCAGACUUUCCACUGCAGGAAGCCGUUUUUUUCUUUCUGGUAGUAGUGGUGACUGCUUGGCAUCACUGCGUUGUUCAGACAUUACAGUGAUAUUACUUGUUCAGUGCACUAAUUGCCAAGCCUCUUAAAUAAUUUAAGUCUUUAAAAGGUUCUAUUUUAAAUGUGACCAAAAGUUUACAGUUUUUUUUUUUGGCCAAAUAUUAAAUAUCUCUUUCAGGGAAGAAGUGAUAUA